AUAUGGAUUCUGGAGAACGAUUGCCAUCCUCAACAGCUUCCUCUACUACACCAACUUCAUCUCCUACACCUUCUGUGGCUUCAGCAGUUUCAAAAGGCGGCCUUUCCACUGGAGCUGCUUCACUAAGCUCUACAAUCAACCCAUGUGGUGCAGAAUGGUGGCGAACAACAGAUGUUCAUACUCGUACAGGAACACCCUUCUUUCCACCAAUACUGGGAAUUCCACCACUGUUUGCUCCUCCAGCCCAGAAUCAUGAUUCUUCAUUCCAUUCAAGGACUUCAGGAAAAAGUAAUCGAAAUGGUCCUGAAAAAGGUGUAAAUGGGUCAAUUAAUGGAAACAGUACAUCAUCUGUAAUUGGUGUCAACACAUCUGUACUAUCCACUACUGCUUCAAGUUCCAUGGGACAGACUAAAAGUACAAGCUCAGGUGGAGGAAAUCGAAAAUGUAAUCAGGAACAAAGCAAAAGCCAGCCUUUGGAUUCUAGGGCUGACAAAAUCAAAGAUAAGAAACCAAGGAAGAAAGCUAUGGAAAGUUCUAGCAACAGCGAUAGUGAUUCAGGCACAUCAUCUGACACCUCAAGUGAAGGCAUUAGUAGUAGUGAUUCAGAUGAUCUAGAAGAAGAUGAAGAGGAAGAAGAUCAAAGUAUUGAAGAAAGUGAAGAUGAUGAUUCUGAUUCAGAGAAUGAAGCACAACAUAAAAGUAACAACCAGGUGCUAUUACAUGGUAUUUCAGACCCAAAAGCAGAUGGACAAAAAGCAACUGAAAAAGCCCAGGAAAAAAGAAUACACCAGCCAUUACCUCUUGUGUCUGAAUCCCAGACUCACUCAUCAUUCCAAUCCCAGCAGAAGCAGCCUCAGGUUUUGUCACAGCAGCUUCCAUUUAUUUUCCAAAGCUCUCAGGCAAAGGAGGAAUCUGUGAACAAACACACCAGUGUAAUUCAGUCUACGGGAUUGGUGUCCAAUGUGAAACCUUUAUCUUUGGUAAAUCAAGCCAAAAAGGAAACUUACAUGAAACUCAUAGUUCCUUCUCCUGAUAUUCUUAAAGCAGGGAAUAAAAAUACCUCUGAAGAAUCUAGUUCUUUGACCAGUGAAUUACGAUCCAAACGGGAACAACUUAAACAGACAUUCCCAUCACAGUUAAAGAAACAGGAGUCAUCUAAGAGCCUGAAGAAGGUUAUUGCAGCUUUGUCAAAUCCAAAAGCAACCUCUAGCUCACCAGCACAUCCAAAACAAACAUUAGAAAACAACCACCCUAAUCCAUUCUUGACAAAUGCACUUUUAGGUAAUCACCAACCAAAUGGAGUUAUUCAAAGUGUCAUUCAAGAAGCUCCUCUAGCACUUACUACCAAAACUAAACUACAGAGUAAGAUGAAUGAAAACAUUGCUACUGUAAGUAGCACCCCUUUUUCCUCACCUGUAAAUUUGAGUACAAGUGGGAGAAGAACCCUGGGCAAUCAGACACCCGUAAUUCCCUCUGCCUCUUCCAUACUGCAUAAUCAAGGGAAGGAAAAAGCAGUUAGCAAUAAUGUAAACACAUUAAAACCACAGCAUCUCUCUCAUCCUGCAAAAUCUUUGGUGGAACAAUUCAGAGGAACAGAUUCAGACAUUCCCAGUAGUAAAGAUUCUGAAGAUUCAAAUGAGGAUGAAGAGGAAGAUGAUGAGGAAGAAGAUGAGGAAGAUGAUGAAGAUGAUGACUCUGAUGACAGUCAAUCAGAAUCAGAUAGUAAUUCAGAAUCAGAUUCAGAAGGAUCAGAAGAAGAAGAUGAUGAUGAUAAAGACCAAGAUGAAUCAGAUAGCGAUACUGAAGGAGAGAAAACUUCACUGAAACUGAAUAAAACAACUUCCUCUGUCAGCCCUUCCAUCAGUCUCACAGCUCACUCAACACCUCGUAACCUCCACAUAGGAAAAGCCCCAGGCUCUCCUCCUGCUGCCUUAUGUUCUGAAUCCCAGUCACCUGCUUUUCUUGGCACAUCUUCUUCCACACUUACUUCAAGUCCACACUCUGGCACUUCUAAAAGAAGAAGAGUUACAGAUGAACGUGAACUGCGUAUUCCUUUGGAAUAUGGCUGGCAGAGAGAGACAAGAAUAAGAAACUUUGGAGGGCGCCUUCAAGGAGAAGUAGCAUAUUAUGCUCCAUGUGGAAAGAAACUUAGGCAGUACCCUGAAGUAAUAAAGUAUCUCAGCAGAAAUGGAAUAAUGGAUAUCUCAAGGGACAAUUUCAGCUUCAGUGCAAAAAUAAGAGUGGGUGACUUCUAUGAAGCCAGAGAUGGACCACAGGGAAUGCAGUGGUGUCUUUUGAAAGAAGAGGAUGUCAUUCCUCGAAUCAGGGCAAUGGAAGGUCGUAGAGGAAGACCACCAAAUCCAGAUAGACAGCGAGCAAGAGAGGAAUCCAGGAUGAAACGUCGGAAGGGUCGACCUCCAAAUGUUGGCAGUGCAGAAUUCCUAGAUAACACAGAUGCCAAAUUGCUAAGAAAACUGCAGGCUCAAGAAAUAGCCAGGCAAGCAGCACAAAUAAAACUUUUGAGAAAACUUCAAAAGCAGGAACAGGCUCGUGUUGCCAAAGAAGCGAAAAAACAACAAGCAAUAAUGGCUGCUGAGGAGAAACGAAAACAAAAAGAACAGAUAAAGAUUAUGAAACAACAGGAAAAAAUUAAGAGAAUACAGCAGAUCAGAAUGGAAAAAGAACUUCGAGCCCAGCAAAUUCUAGAGGCUAAAAAGAAAAAGAAGGAAGAAGCGGCAAAUGCCAAAUUAUUGGAGGCCGAGAAACGAAUAAAGGAAAAAGAAAUGAGAAGACAACAAGCUGUUCUUCUGAAGCAUCAGGAGUUGGAGAGGCAUAGACUAGAUAUGGAACGAGAGCGAAGACGACAACAUAUGAUGCUUAUGAAAGCUAUGGAAGCUCGUAAAAAAGCAGAAGAAAAAGAACGGUUGAAGCAAGAAAAACGUGAUGAGAAAAGAUUAAAUAAAGAACGUAAACUAGAGCAACGAAGAUUGGAAUUAGAAAUGGCAAAGGAACUAAAGAAGCCUAAUGAAGAUAUGUGCUUAGCAGAUCAAAAGCCUUUGCCAGAGUUGCCUCGUAUUCCGGGACUUGUUCUCUCUGGAAGUACAUUUUCAGACUGUCUCAUGGUGGUCCAGUUCUUACGAAACUUUGGUAAAGUUUUGGGCUUUGAUGUGAAUAUUGAUGUUCCAAACCUGAGUGUUCUUCAAGAGGGAUUACUAAAUAUAGGGGACAGCAUGGGUGAAGUACAAGACUUGCUUGUGAGGCUCCUCUCAGCUGCUGUAUGUGAUCCAGGUCUAAUUACAGGAUACAAGGCCAAAACAGCUCUUGGAGAGCAUUUGCUAAAUGUUGGUGUGAAUCGAGACAAUGUAUCUGAGAUUUUGCAGAUUUUUAUGGAAGCCCACUGUGGACAAACUGAGCUCACUGAAAGUCUGAAGACCAAAGCUUUUCAGGCUCACACUCCAGCACAGAAAGCCUCAAUCCUGGCUUUCCUGAUCAAUGAACUGGCAUGCAGCAAGAGUGUGGUGAGUGAAAUUGACAAGAACAUUGAUUAUAUGUCAAACUUAAGAAGAGAUAAGUGGGUAGUAGAAGGUAAACUUCGAAAGCUCAGAAUAAUUCAUGCUAAGAAAACAGGCAAAAGAGACACUUCAGGUGGCAUUGAUCUUGGGGAAGAGCAACAUCCCUUGGGUACACCUACUCCAGGACGAAAGCGAAGAAGGAAGGGAGGAGAUAGUGAUUUUGAUGAUGAUGAUGACGAUGAUAGUGAUGACCAAGCUGAUGAGGAUGAUGAAGAUGAAGAAGAUAAAGAUGACAAAAAAGGAAAGAAGACUGAUACCUGUGAAGAUGAGGAUGAAGGUGACCAAGCAGCAAGUGUUGAAGAGCUAGAAAAACAGAUUGAAAAACUGAGUAAACAACAAAGUCAGUACAGAAGGAAGCUCUUCGAUGCUUCUCACUCAUUACGUUCGAUGAUGUUCGGCCAGGAUCGUUACAGACGCAGAUACUGGAUUCUUCCCCAGUGUGGGGGGAUUUUUGUAGAAGGCAUGGAAAGUGGUGAAGGACUAGAAGAAAUUGCAAAAGAAAGAGAAAAACUUAAAAAGGCAGAAAGUAUCCAAAUCAAAGAAGAAAUGUUUGAUACUUCUGGGGAUACUUUAAAUUGUUCAAAUACAGAUCACUGUGAGCAAAAGGAAGAUCUUAAAGAAAAAGAUAAUACAAAUCUAUUUCUUCAGAAACCUGGCUCUUUUUCCAAAUUAAGCAAACUUUUGGAAGUAGCUAAGAUGCCUCCUGAGUCAGAUGUUAUGACCUCCAAACCAAAUGUUAGUGCAAAUGGGUGCACAUUGUCUUAUCAAAACAGUGGAAAACAUUCAUUGAGCAGCAUUCCGUCAACAGCAUCACAAAGCAGUAUGGAGAAGACAGACUCUAAUCUGUUUAACACUGGUUCAGGUGGUCCAGGGAAGUUCUAUAGUCCUCUCCCCAAUGACCAAUUGUUAAAAACACUGACUGAAAAGAAUAGACAAUGGUUUAGCCUUUUGCCAAGAACACCUUGUGAUGAUACUUCACUUACCCAUGUUGAUACAUCAACUUCUAAUGUAGUGACUCCUCAAUCUCAGCCACCGUCCAAGUCACCUUCACCUGCCCCAGCUCCUCCUCUUCUUGGAUCAUCUUCUCAGAAUCCUGUUAGCCUAAAUCCAUUUGCUGUAUCACCUCUUCAGAUGAAAAGUGGAGUGUCUAUGAUGGGACUUCAGUUUUGUGGGUGGUCCACUGGUGUGCUUACUUCCAAUAUUCCAUUUACUUCACCUUUACCUAGUCUGGGAUCAGGGUUGGGAUUAUCUGAAGGAAAUGGUAAUUCAUUCUUGACUUCCAAUGUUGCUUCAAGUAAAAGUGAAUCUCCAGUACCUCAGAAUGAAAAGAUCUCAACUCAACCUGCAGCUGUUGAAGUAGCAAAACCAGUAGAUUUUCCUAGUCCUAAACCUAUUCCAGAAGAAAUGCAGUUUGGUUGGUGGAGGAUUAUUGAUCCAGAGGACCUAAAAACUUUGCUCAAGGUGCUACAUCUCAGAGGAAUAAGAGAAAAGGCAUUACAAAAACAAAUUCAGAAACACUUGGAUUAUAUUACUCAAGCCUGUAUCAAGAACAAGGACGUUGCUAUUAUUGAAUUAAAUGAAAAUGAAGAAAACCAGGUAACACGAGAUAUUGUGGAAAACUGGUCAGUAGAAGAACAAGCAAUGGAAAUGGACUUGAGUAUCCUUCAGCAGGUAGAAGAUCUAGAAAGGAGAGUUGCAUCAGCAAGUUUGCAAGUGAAGGGUUGGAUGUGUCCAGAGCCUGCAUCAGAAAGGGAGGACUUGGUAUAUUUUGAACAUAAAUCAUUUACUAAGUUGUGCAAGGAGCAUGAUGGAGAACUUACUGGAGAAGAAGAAAACAGUGCAAAUGCACUAGAACGGAAGAGUGACAACCCCCUAGAUAUAGCUGUAACCAGGCUGGCUGAUUUGGAGCGGAACAUUGAAAGAAGGUAUCUGAAGAGCCCCUUAAGUACCACCAUUCAGAUCAAACUGGAUAAUGUGGGCACAGUUACUGUCCCUGCUCCUGCACCAUCCAUUAGUGGUGAUGGUGACGGAAUUGAAGAGGAUAUUGCUCCAGGGCUCAGGGUAUGGAGAAGGGCAUUAUCAGAAGCUCGCAGUGCUGCACAGGUAGCUCUGUGCAUUCAGCAAUUACAGAAAUCAAUAGCAUGGGAAAAAUCAAUUAUGAAAGUUUACUGCCAAAUCUGUCGUAAAGGAGAUAAUGAAGAACUGCUUCUCCUUUGUGAUGGCUGUGACAAAGGCUGUCAUACUUACUGCCAUAGACCCAAGAUUACAACUAUACCAGAUGGGGACUGGUUUUGUCCAACUUGCAUUGCUAAGGCAAGUGGUCAAACUGUAAAAAUCAAAAAACUUAAUGUUAAAGGAAAAAAGACUAAUGAGUCGAAGAAAGGCAAGAAAGUAACUUUAACAGGAGACACUGAAGAUGAAGACUCUGCAUCUACAAGUAGUUCACUAAAAAGAGGAAACAAAGACCUCAAAAAAAGAAAAAUGGAGGAAAACACUUCUAUUAACUUAUCAAAACAAGAAAGUUUUUCUUCUGUUAAGAAACCUAAAAGAGAUGAUUCUAAGGACCUAGCUCUUUGCAGUAUGAUCCUGACUGAAAUGGAAACUCAUGAGGAUGCUUGGCCUUUCCUACUUCCUGUAAACUUGAAACUUGUACCUGGUUAUAAGAAAGUUAUUAAGAAACCUAUGGAUUUUUCCACAAUUAGAGAGAAACUGAGUAAUGGACAGUAUCCAAACCUUGAAACCUUUGCUGUAGAUGUCAGGCUUGUUUUUGACAACUGUGAAACAUUUAAUGAAGAUGAUUCUGAUAUAGGCAGAGCUGGCCACAGUAUGAGGAAAUAUUUUGAAAAAAAAUGGACAGAUACUUUCAAAGUGAGCUGAAGUUAUAAUACUCUAUUUUUUUCCUUUUAAACAAAGACAAAUGAGACCAGCAAUGUGAACUGUAUUUACAUAAACGUGCAAGGCACAUACAAAAUGACUUUUUUUUUCCUUAAGAUAAGUAUCAGAAAGUAUCAGAAGAAGAUACCAUUUUUAAAGGCUUCACUCCUAUGACGACCAAGACCCUUGGUUAUUGGUUUGUGUGAUUUAUCAGCUAAUUUAGGUAGAACAGGGAAGCACACCCAAAGAAUUUUCAAAGGAAAGGGUGUUAUAGUGCAAUAGCAAUUAAAAUAUAUCAAAUCGCACUGAAUAUUCAACACCAGAGCUCUAAUGUGGGAAAUGGUUCUCCUUUCCCUCUCAAUAAAUAUCUAUUUUUCAUUUUUUUACUUUGUAGUUUAUUUUUUAGUGAAUGUAUUUAAUUUUAUGAAUUAUUUAUGAUUAAUCCACAUCCAGAAUCUUCGUUUUCUGUGAAAAGGAAGAACUAGAAAAUUGCUUUAAAUCUUGAAAAUACAACAAGGAAUGUUUUAAAAUAUAAAACAAAGCCAAGUUAAACUGUUUACACUGAUGUGCUAUAAAAGCACCAAAAAUAAACUUUACUGUAGAGUUACAAGUACAUUUAUAUAUAUACAUAUAUAUAUGUUGCUGCAUCACUUGUGUAGUUAAAUUGUAUUUCAAGACAGUGAAAAAGAAUUGACAUGUAUAUACUGUUCAUUAUUGUUUAUAUUAAGUCUUGUUUUAAAUAUGUAUUAUGUGUAUAUAUUGUUUGCAGACAUUAUUGUUUAUGCCUUAGAAGGACCGUAGCAUUUUAUUUUAGUCUGAAGGUGAUGAUAGCUGUACAGCUUGUACAGUAAUUAUCCUCUACCAACACUGUGGCGUCUCCCUAAUCUUGGUAGUGCCUGCCUUUGAAACAGGGUGUAGGGGAUAUUAGUUUUCCAUUUUUCUAUUUUGUUAUAUAAUUUUAAGCCACCAGGGCCUAAAUUAAAGUAUAAUCAUUUGUAUCCAUGUGGAAUAAAAUCGUGACAAUUUCCUACACACACAGUAUUUUUUCAUAGAGACAUUUCCCUCCCAUUUGCCUUGCCUCAGAAAUAAAUUUAAAAGACAUUUGUAACCACUGUGUUUUAUCUACUGUGUGUUGUGGUGGCCUGUUGGAGGCAAAUAGAUCAGAAUUUUUUUUUGUACUUAUGUAAGAGUACUUGAAGUUUUAUUUAAAAUAAAAUGUUGUGGAAAAGAUA